UCCUGGGAGCUGGGCUGCCGCAAUCAUUCGUCGGCGGAGCACAUCUCCAUCUGGGAGUCGUCUCUUGCUUCCCGUGAGAUGGAGGAGAGUGUGGUGUAAGAGGGAAAAUCCCUCUCUUCCCGAUGGCUGUGUGAGGAUGCGACUGCCCAGCUCUAUAUUUGUGUCGGUCUCUCUUUUCACCGCCGAGACCACGGCUGCUCUCUACCUAAGCUCCACAUACCGCUCUGCUGGGGACCAGAUCUGGCAGGGACUAACGCUCCUUUUUACGCUCGUGCCAUCUGUGCUGGUGCAGCUCACCCUUACCUUUAUCCAUAGGGACCUCAGCAGGGAUAGACCCCUCGUACUACUGCUGCACAUUCUUCAGCUAGGACCGAUUGUCAGAUGCCUGGAGGCAUUUUGUAUCUAUGGGAGUGUGGGGAGGGUGGAGGAGCCCUAUGUCAGCAUCACGCGCAAGAAGCAGAUGCCGAAAGACGGGCUCUCAGAGGAGGUGGAGAAGCAGGUGGGCCAGGCGGAGGGGAAGCUGUUCACCCACCGCGCGGCCUUCGCCCGCACCUCCGUCAUCCAGGCCUUCCUGGGCUCAGCCCCCCAGCUCACCCUGCAGCUCUACAUCUGCAUCCUGCAGCAGCGAGUGUCCAUCGGGCGAGGUACACUGAUGGUAAUAUCACUUCUGUCAAUUGUAUAUGGUGCCUUGCGGUGCAAUAUCCUGGCUAUUAAGAUCAAGUACGACGACUAUGAGGUGGAAGUGAAGCCUACAGCUUAUCUUUGUAUCUUCCUGUGGAGGAGCUUUGAGAUCGCCACACGGGUGGUGGUGCUAGUGCUCUUUAGCUCUGUACUGCAGAUCUGGGUCCUGCCCGUGGUGUUGGUCAACUUCUUCAUCUUCUUCUCCUACCCCUGGAUCCUGUUUUGGCAGAGCGGGUCACCUUUCCCAGAGAAUAUUGAGAAGACACUGACGCGGGUGGGCACUACCAUUGUCCUGUGCCUGCUGACGUUCCUCUACGCCGGUGUCAACAUGUUCUGCUGGUCAGCUGUGCAGCUCAAGCUCAAUGACCCGGACCUGAUCAACAAGUCACAGAACUGGUACCGCAUGGCGGUGUACUACAUGCUACGCUUUGUUGAGAACGCAACCCUCAUCCUGCUCUGGUAUGUGUUCCAGACCGAUUUCUACCGCUUCAUCUACGCACCACUGCUGGUCCUGCAGCUGCUGGUCGGCUAUGCCAUCGGUAUCUUCUUCAUGCUGGUCUUCUACCAGUUAUGCCACCCCUGCAAGAAGCUGUUCUCCGCUAACAUCUCCCAGGGCCUGUGGGAGUGCUUCAACUUCCUGUGCCUGCUCUGUGCCAUCCAUAGGGGAGAGGGGCCAGCAGAAAAGGCGGCGCUAGAGAUGCCCCCCUCAGACAAAGACAUUGCCAACGACACUGCAGAGAUUAAUGGGAACCUCAGCCAGAGCCUGUCUAGUAACCCAUGAGCCUUGGAGAGUGGGUGUCCAUUUUCAGAAAAUAGAGCAAUGAUAUUGUCCCAAUAUGCUGCAAUCAGGAAGAGGGAAGGGCUGGGAGGGAGCAUGGCCACUAUUGUGCACAAAACAGCAAAUCGGAAUUAUGCUUUAUUUUGUUUUUGCACGCAUGCAGUUAUUUAUGACACAGUAUUAAUCGCUUUAUCUGACAUACGGGACACUGACAAAAAGAUCCCUAUCCCUUCUCUGAAGCAGUGAACCUUGGAAAAGAUCUACAGUUAAUUGCUCUACAGUUUUUUUUUCUUCACCAAACAUCAGCAUUCGACUCCUGAUGACUGAAGGUCAGCCCUGCCCUGAAUGCCAGAGUACAUUUUUGCAUCAUGAGUGACAUGACUCUGCCUGUCUUGGCUGUGCACUCUGCUCACUAUAUACUUUGCCCACUACAGUGUUAUGAUGCAUAAGACAAAUCAAUUCCAUCUUAUAGCUUAUAUAUUGUAUAUGUUUACAUACGUUUAUACAUACCUUUUUCAGUGAUGCAUUAUUUGAAAUUAUUUUUGUCCGUAGAAAUAGUUUUCUGAAGCACAGAUAUAAACAAUCAUAUGCUUAAAAUGAUGCUAAAUUAUCUACUUUGCACAUCGUAGAAGGGAGGGAGUACCCUCAACAAAUGUUUUAUUUUUUUAGAUGAAGGGCUCUAGGGUUUUUUGAUAAUUAAUUUUUACCUAUUUCAUUUCAAGGUUUAAAAUAACUUCUAUUCUCAUAGGCAAAACAUUUUGCGUAUUUUAUAUAACAAAACUCUCAUGGCCUAUCUCUCAUUCACAGUGUAGCAUUUCUUAAAGCUCAGACUGCCAGGUAGGAUGAGUGCCUCAGAAUUCUAUGACUGUAUAGCUGCUGUGUGACAUUUCCAUUAAUAGUGACUCUGAAGUGUCAUAUGCCAGAACAUUCCAGCAUGCUCACAUCCAAUUUAGAUGCUUAAUGAACUGAACUGAACCAUGAGAAAUGCAAAUCAUUGAAGCAAUUUCCGUAAGGCUUCAAUGAUUUGCAUUUCUCAUGUACUGUUUUUCACUUUCCUGGGCGUCCCGGUAUGUCACAUUAUGCUAGUUAUGCUAUACGUGCCUGCUAUAUAUCUACUAGAGAGUGUUUGUAAGUUGGAAUGUUGGAUGUAAAUGUGUCUCUGAUUUGUGAAAUUCUUAAAAAUGCAUACUUGUGUUUUAUGUUUUCUUUUUUUGCACUAUUUUUUCAGUGAACCAAACACCCCCACCCCCCAACCCCCCCCAAAAAAGAAAAAGAAAAGGCCUGUGCACACAGUAUAAACACAAAAUCCUACCGGUAUUGGAGUCAGCUUAUAAGUAAAAUGGUUAAAAAAGCAUUUCUGAGGGAUGGAGCCGUAACUUAUAUUUGCCAAAUGUGUAUGUAUUUAGAAUAUUUCAUUAUUUUCACUUAAAUUAGUUCAGGAGGAAUUGUUUCCCAGUCAUGUAUUUGUAUUGUACUGACCUCAAGUGGCCAAAGAAAUUAUGUUCAUUCCAAUCUCAGCCAUUGCUACACAAUUCCAUUGACCAGGUGUUUUCAACCCUUUAAUGACAGAUAGAGAUUGGGGACCCCGAAAAUGACAAAACCUAGUUUUGCAAAAUGAUUUGUUCAUAAUUUGUCAGAUCUUUACUGCACUGUCAUAGUGCAUAUACAAUGUAAAUUUAGCUGUAUUCAAAUAUCAUAGUGUAUUACAUGAACACCCUUUUCCCCAUUACCUUUGCUAUAUGUGACUGAACAGAUUAGUUUGACAUAAAAUUGAGCUUUUCUAAACAGCAGAUAGAAAAGUUUCCUGACAAUCUCAUUGUAUUGCACAGUACGUUGCUGUCUCAGCUGUUUUUGAACAGAACCUAAUGUAUUUUACAUGUUUGUCAUUCAUUUGUUCACUGUUUGGUAUUGAAUGUACCAUUGCACAAUUUCAAGUAUUUAGUUUAUGCUUUUUGUCACAUUCAACGUUUGCCUUAAUGUGAAAUUCAUAAUAAAACAAAACUGAAAUGA